AUGUCUGCCUCACCCACCUCCACCAUGCCUUCAUCGAAACGCCCUCUGGAAGACCCUUCAUCUCCCUCAGCCCCUACUGAUCUGCCAGAAGCAAAACGCCCGGCUCUUGACAAGCUAGUCAAGGAAGACACUGAUGGUGAUGGCGCAGCCAGAACUGGUGCUGUCUCUGCAGAACUUCCUACAACUACCCAGGAACAUUCAUUGCCAGCAGCUGUCACGAAUGGAGCGUCUGAAGCCCAAGCCGUCGAGGCUGUGGCAGCAACGGGUGCCAAUGGAGCCCCAUCGCUUCCUGUGCCAGAGCCACAGGUUCCUGCUUUAACAACUCAAAAUGAUCGAGCUGCUUCUCAAGCUCCCUCCAUUCCGCCACAAGACGAGACCAACUGGGUCCAUAUUCGUGCGGUCAUUUCAAGUGCAGAAGCAGCAACCUGCAUCGGCAAAGGUGGUGAGAAUGUCACUCAGAUCCGAAGACUUUCCGGGGCGAAAUGUACUGUCAGUGACUAUUCGAGGGGCGCUGUUGAGCGUAUCUUGACUGUUAGUGGUGCUCAAGAUGCUGUUGCAAAGGCGUUUGGGCUCAUCAUUCGCACACUCAACAACGAACCUUUGGAAGCUGCUUCCACAGCUCAAUCGAAGACCUACCCUCUCCGCCUACUCAUUCCACAUAUCCUUAUUGGCUCUAUCAUCGGCAAAUCAGGUGUCCGCAUCCGAGAAAUCCAGGAAGCCUCGGGUGCUCGUCUCAAUGCUUCCGAUUCAUGCCUACCUCUCUCCACCGAGCGAUCUCUGGUCGUCCUGGGCGUUGCCGACGCAGUUCACAUUGCCACUUACUACAUUGCAGUGACAUUAGUCGAGCAACUCACCGAACGCUUUGGUGGACCUGCUGCGUCUGCUUAUGCCACUAGAAGUGGAGGCCCUGCUGGUGUCGUUCCAGGUGGCAUGCAAGUUGUGCCGUACGUACCGCAGCCGGCAGGUGGCCAGUACGGUCAUCCAGACAUGUACAAGAGACACAACACCCACCCUCCUCAGCGAAUGCCCCCACAGCCUUACGGUGCUCCACAGGCCCAUGGCAUUCCACCGCAGCCGUAUCCUCAAUAUGGCCAACCUUACGCCGCAACGCCACGUACUCCGACCUAUGGCGCGGGGCCACCACAGCCAGGGGGUUAUGGCCAAAUGCCUCCUCAGCCUGUUGCCGCCCAUGGGCAGCCUGCUCAGCCGGCACAUGCAAUGCCUGGACAGCCUAUUACCCAGCAGAUCUUCAUACCCAAUGAUAUGGUCGGCGCCAUCAUUGGCAAAGGUGGUGCUAAAAUCAAUGAGAUUCGACAUCUCAGCGGAAGUGUUAUCAAGAUCAAUGAACCGCAGGACAACAGCAACGAGAGGUUGGUAACCAUUACUGGAACGCAAGAAUGCAACCAAAUGGCGUUGUACAUGCUGUACUCUAGGCUCGAAAGCGAAAAGCACCGAGUCUAG